CUGAUGGAAGUGUCAGAGUGUCAACAAGCAGCAGCAUACUGUCCGGAGCAGGGAGGAGGGAGUCCAGAGGAUAUUUAAACGUCGAACAUUUGUCUGAGAUGGGGGAUGAUCGACCUUUUGUUUGCACUGCCCCUGGGUGUGGGCAGAGAUUCACCAAUGAAGACCACCUGUCAGUCCACAAACACAAGCAUGAAAUGACAUUAAAAUUUGGUCCUGCCAGAACAGACACUGUUAUCAUUGCAGAUCCAUUUUUUGCAGAUCAGACACCCACACCCACACGUUUCCUAAAGAACUGUGAGGAGGUUGGGCUUUUCAAUGAGCUAGCGACCUCCUUUGAACAUGAGUUUUCCAAAGCACACGAGGACGACCAGAGGAAUAGAAGGGCUGCACCUUUACAAACGCCAUCUGAGGUAAAAGUUGAAGAUGAUGUUCCUUUACAAGUGGAUUCCUCCUCUCCUGGAAGUCCGGAUUCCUCCUCCAGCAUGUCAGACAACAGCAGAGACUCGAGCAUGAGAGGAGGAAAGGAGAUUCUAACGAAGCUGGUUGCCAGCUCUACCCCCACUCCAACCAUUGUGCGCCCAGGUUCUCUUCCACUUCACCUUAGCAAUGACGCGCUGAACCCCACUAUGCCAUCUCCAACGUCUGUCAUCACUCAAACACCGCCCUCCAACAGACAGCUCGGAUCCCCAACAAGUGCUUUUCCACUGGUGAGGCACCUCUCCAAUGGGCAAACAAUCCCUCUACUGCCCAGUCCCUCUCAGAUGACCUCCGUUAUAUCUCUUGCGAGGCCAUUGAACUCUGUGCCUUACAUCCCUGGGAUUCCAGGGCCUCCAGUUGGCGGAGCCAGCAGCGGCUCAUCCUCCCCGUCUGGGUAUAGCCUGCACUCCGAGGCCAAGAUGAGGCUGAAGGCAGCUCUCACUCACCAGGGCCCAGGAGCACAAGAUGGAGCUGGUGGGGGGGCAGGAUCUAACCCUGCUGUCCCUCAGCGACAGGAACAGAGCCAACAACCAUCUCAAAACUCUGACGCACCAUCACCUGCCCAACCCCAGGUGGUAGAAGGCGGAUUUGGUGACAGAUUUGACGUGCGCCUGGAAAGAGAGGGUGGUGUCCAGGAUGACUCCCAGGUUGCGGACUUCAGUGGACGGGGAGAUAGAGCAGCCGUCAAUGGAGAGAAGCAGGUCUCCAACCUUCUGGAGCUGCGUCUUGGGAGCCACAAUCAUGAGCUCUGUUUUAUGGCUGUUGAUUUUGAGCAGGUGUCCCCUGCUCAGCCAACAGGAGGCCGGCGGCGGCGAGCUUCAGAGAUGGACCCUGAUGAGAGGAGGGAGCGCUUCCUGGAGAGAAAUCGGGCGGCCGCCUCCCGUUGCAGGCAAAAACGAAAAGUGUGGGUUAACUCUUUGGAGAAAAAGGCAGAUGAUCUGGUCAACAUGAAUGUGUCUCUUUCGAAUGAAGUGGGGCUACUGAGGAACGAGGUGGCACAGCUGAAGCAGCUCCUCCUGGCCCACAAAGACUGCCCGGUCACUGUUAUGCAGAAAAAGGCAGCUUUCUUAGGGUGAAUGUUUCUUUCUCUGUCUAUAGCUGCAGGAGGAGAGGAAACCUCCAGGGAUACUUCCAGUGAACCCAUCGGCUCCCCAGCGGCGGUCAUUCAGCACGGGCCGUCACCAACCGCCUCGGCCUCCAGCCCAGUUGCCACCAUCAACGGGCUGAGCGUCCGUGCUGCAGAGGCGGUGGCCAUGUCGGUCUUGGCCGGCAUGGGGUCAGGCCAGCCGGGGGGUGUUGUAAUGGCAACUCAGUCACAGUCGACCCAGAGAUGAUGUGCUGACGCAGGUAGCCGGUAUGAAGUGGCAUUCUGAGGCAGUACUGGUGAUGUAAAAGAGAAACUCACCCUCAAACCCCACCCCAGACUAAGAUACACUCGUCCCCUCACAGCCAAUGAUAAUCACACAAAGACACGGCCCAGUGCCUCCGUCAACCCUCCAGUCCCAGCAGGCUCCCUGUUAAGAGACGCUUGGGCACUCUCUGUAUGUAAAUAUGAACAACACGUCAAACACUCGCUCUUAAGUUUGUAGUCAUUUCUUGUUCAUUAGUGACAGUUGAAGGUAUACAUUUGGAUGAAAAGUAUGUAGGAAAAAGUUAAUUUUACCUAAAAAUAAAUGUUCAGUACAACUUCAGUCCCACACACUGGCUGUGAUGAGGUUGGUUGCUUUCCAGGCUGACAAUUGUAUUUUUCAUUUGUAUGAAAAGAUUGUUAUGCCUGAUACUGGUAUUCGACAUAAUGUUUGCUGAUGCAGUGAAAGUAUGGUGAGAGAUUGGCUGGCUGAUUUCAGUAAAAGUCAGCCUGGAAUUUUUUUACGUGGUCUUUUUGUUGUUUACUUUUCAAUCUGACCAUUUGUGUUCUCUUUAAACACACAUGACGGUUUAGUCAGCCGAGUGCAAAAAACAAAAACAAAUUGUAGAUGUGUACACAGUUUAUCCUGUGAGUGUGUGCCUGACUUUUUUUUACCAUCAAUUUUAACCUAAUUGGAAUGUAUGUCUCUUUACAUUAGUCGUGUAUGUAUCAAACCCUAUUGACUGCAUGGAUUACUCGAGGCUGAAGAAUACCACUGUUUGUGCUUCAUCAUACUAUUACUGUUUAUUGUUAUGCUUUUCUUCGGUUUUAAACAUCAAUUUACUGAUGCAAAAAUUGUCCUCGUUAUAUACGGAUUUAAUCCUCAGUCCUCAUGUAACACUCUUGAAAUAGUUAGCUUUAGAUGGCCUUCAAAUGAUAAUCAGACAUAAUAGAUAAUAAAUCAUUUACCCUGGCAUUUCAUUUGAGGAAAAGAGUAGUGCAAUAUAUUUUUCUAUUGAAUAUCAAUGUUCUUGCAUUUAUUUGUUGUCUAUAGCCCAGCCGCUGAGAGGGGUUUCAUCCAUUUCAGUUGAAAGCUAAAGUUAGGUGACCAGAGGAAAUGUGAUAAUGAAUAUUUUUGAAUGAAUGAGAUUAGUGAUUAGUGCAGAUCUGUAGAAACUUAAAGAUGUCCUUGUCCUGGGUGCUUUCCAACAUUUGAAAAGCUCUCUUGUAUCAUGAGACUCAAAUAGUUGUGCGAGGUGCUUCUUUUGAAAUUUAAGUUUUGAAAUGUAUAUUAUUUUAUACCACAGUGUACUUCCAAGACUAUCAUUUCCUCCCCCCCUCCUUGUCAUUCUGUGUUUGUUUUUUUUAAUAACGUCAUUGUUUUUUUAAGAUGUUUAUUUUUUUCUCUGUGGGCAUGUCAGACUUUUUUUCCCAUCAUGUGAUUUGUAUGUCCCUUUUAUUUUUGUUUAAGAGCAUAGAUGUAUUGAACCACAUGAAAACAUGUUUCUAUCUGUAUGGAGAGUUUGUCGAAUACUCAGGCUUCAAGAUGGGAAAAUUACUUGUGUAUAGUCUCAAUUUAUGAAUACAAUGUCUUGAGCAAAUAUUAAAAUAAAUUAAUGAAAAGGAAACCAUAA